AUUCGCGAUAUCAUUUAAAAGGGUUAAAUCUAGAUAAAACAUUCGUUUUAUCCUUCGACUUCCCUGUCAAAUUAACCAUCCAACAGCAGAACAGCUGUUUCGGUCUUCGUCACACUUCACAGGAGAAAUCGAGAUCUGUUAGGUCCAUUAUUCAGAUAGAGUUUGGUCAAAGGAUCUAAAGAAUAAUAUAAUCAGAUUAAUAUAAUAAUUGAUUAUAUAUUUAAAAUAUAAGAAAUUAUGGCAACAGCAAAUUUUAAAGAUAUUUCACCAUAUAAAACGAAACAAUUUCCACCGGUCCAAGAUUAUCUUUAUAAAGAUUUUUUAGCGCAUCUACAAUUAAAAACUGAUCAUCAUCCUCAAAUAAAAGUUGCUCUAUUUGGUGUUGGACGUGCCGGUACGAUACAUUUAGCUAAUAUUGUAGAUAGUCCACGUCUUAAGCUGCUGUAUAUCGUAGAUGAUGUCGAAUCUAACUGGACGAAACUUAAAGAGUAUUGGCAACUCGAUGAUGUUAUUUUUCUGAAUAGUAAACAAGCAAACAAAGUGUUCAAUGAUCCUAAUGUAGAUGCAGUUAUUGUUGCUUCGCCUACAUAUACACAUGAGACGAUUGUAACAAAAUCGUUGAAAGCGAAAAAAGCGGUUUUCUGCGAAAAACCGAUAGCUGAAAACAGUCCCAACACGUUAACUUGUUAUGAGACUGCAAAAAAAGUCGGCAAACCCCUAUUUUGUGCUUUUAACAGGAGAUUUGAUCCUAGUUACUCUACUGUCAGAGACAGAGUCAGAAGUGGAGAAGUUGGACAUGUUCAUGUAAUUAAAACAGUCUCCCGUGAUUCUCCUCUUCCUAGUAUAGACUAUUUAAGAAUAUCUGGAGGAAUAUUCCAUGAUUGUAUGGUCCAUGAUAUUGAUAUUAUUACUUGGGUUCUUGGAGAAUACCCUAUAAAGGUCGCCACUCAAGCAUACGCACAUAUUCCAGAAAUAAAAGCAAUCAAUGAUUAUGACACAGUGGUAGUUACAUUACAUUUCCCAUCAGGUACUUUGGGAGUAAUCGAUUUGUCACGAAAUAGCCCUUAUGGUUACGAUCAACGUCUCGAAGUAUUUGGCCCUAAGGGUAUGAUAUCUGCAGUUAAUGAACAACCAAUACACUGUGUUACCAGUCACAACGGUAUCCAAGGUGUAAACAGUCCACCAAUAUGGUACUCAUUUCCGAGUAGAUUCAAAAAUGCUUAUCAAGCAGAAUUGAAUCACUUCAUUGAUAUAGUGCUCGGUAAAGAUGAGUCAUCUGUCUUACCAGAACAAACUUUAGCUGUAUCUAAAGUUGCAUCUGCCUGCGAAGAAUCCGCACGUACUGGUAAAAUGGUAGAAAUAAAAUGGGCACCCAACGAAUUACUGUAGAAAGCAUGAUUGUCCAACGAAUUUUAAUAAUUCAAAUAUCAUUCCGUUAUCUUGUAUCUUAUAAUAUAUCGUGAUACAUUUA